CGCGUGACGCGUUUUCAAAUCUUCAACCGCUGCAGCUCACUCGUUUGUGCUUUGCCCCUUCCUCCUCCGCGCCUUGAAGCCGGAUCUGGACCCGGAAAUUCGGCGGCCGGACGCGGUAUCUGUACGUCGUGGGUGUGGUAGUCCGCGGAAGGGCAGAGGCGACUGGCCCUCAGCGGGCCUGGAGGAGUCGUGUUCUCUCGGCCGCCCGGCGCGACACCGUCUCCGGACCCAGCAUGUAGGUGCCGGGCGGCUGCCAUGAACUCCGGAGCCAUGAGGAUCCACAGCAAAGGACAUUUCCAGGGUGGAAUCCAAGUCAAAAACGAAAAAAACAGACCAUCUUUGAAAUCUCUGAAAACUGAUAACAAAUCAGAAAAAUCCAAAUAUAAGCCACUCUGGGGGAAAGUAUUUUACAUUGACUUACCUUCUGUCACCAUAUCUGAAAAACUGCAAAAGGACAUUAAGGAUCUGGGAGGGCGUGUUGAAGAAUUUCUCAGCAAAGAUAUUAGUUAUCUUAUUUCCAAUAAAAAGGAAGCUAAAUUUGCACAAACCUUUGGCCGAAUUUCUCCUGUACCAAGUCCAGAAUCUACAUAUAAUGCAGAAACCACUUCACCUCAUCCCAGCCAUGAUGGAAGUUCAUUUAAGUCUCCAGAUUCAGUGUGUUUGAGCAGAGGAAAAUUAUUAGUUGAAAAAGCUAUCAAGGACCAUGAUUUUAUUCCUUCAAGUAGUGUAUUAUCAAAUGCCUUAUCGUGGGGAGUAAAGAUUCUUCAUAUUGAUGACAUUAGAUACUACAUUGAACAAAAGAAAAAAGAAUUGUGUUUGCUCAAGAAAUCAAGCACUUCUGUAAGAGAUGUGGGGAAAAGAGUAGGUAUUGGCACACAGAAAGCAAGAAGUAGACUCAAAAAGCCUUUUGUAAAGGUGGAAGAUGAGAGCCAAGUUUAUAGACCAUUUUAUCUUCAGCUGACCAAUAUGCCUUUUAUAAAUUAUUCUGUUCAGAAGCCCUCCAGUCCAUUUGAUGUAGAUAAGCCAUCUAGCAUCCAAAAGCAAACCCAGGUUAAACUAAGAAUCCAAAUGGAUGGCGAUAAAUGUGAUGGAAUCCCAAUUCAACUCCAGUUGAAAGAGAAGAAAAAAAAAGGAUAUUGUGAAUGUUGCUUGCAAAAAUACGAAGAUCUCGAAAAUCAUCUUUUAACUGAGCAACACAGAAACUUUGCACAGAGUAAUCACUAUCAAGUUGUUGAUGAUAUUGUAUCUAAGUUAGUUUUUGACUUUGUGGAAUGUGAAAGGGAAGUGCCUAAAAAGAAAAGAAUAAAAUAUAGUGUUGGAUCCCUGUCUCCUGUUACAGCAAAUGUCCUGAAAAAGCCUAAACCAAAAGAAAAGCUAGAAUUGCAACCUAUUUCUCACAAAGACUUCAGGGAAAACAAUGUACAGGUGACUGAACAGAGUUUCCUAUAUAAAGAAACCCAGAAACCUGAACAAAAGCUUGUGUUUAUUUCAGAACAUGACCCCUACCUUUCAAGUGAAUUGAGAAGACUUGAUGAGAAAACAGCUAAUAAAUGUUCCAUGUUAAAUACAACUGAAAAUGACAUACAACAAAAUGAUACACAUCUACCUCCAGAUAAAAAUGAACAGGGAUGCAUUCUUGAUGUUUGUGAACAUAAAUCAAUUAUAAAUGAAAAUGACUUAGAAGAACUAAGGGUAGGUUACUAUCCUUGUAGGCUACAGACAUCUAUACAAGUUUCUGAUUUCAAUAUGGAUAAUAGUGACUGUCAACCAAAACAAAAGUCAGAUACUGUGUUUCUUCCAGCAAAGGAUCUGAAAGAAAAGGAUCAUUCAAUAUUUGGUCAUGAUUCUGGUCUGUCAGCAAAAAACAGUUCACAGGAGCACCUAACAAUUCAGGCAAAGACUCCAUCCCAAAGUCGUCCCGAGGAACCCAGUGAGUGUGACAUCAAGAUUAUGGAUAAUUUACCUUCUGGUGAAAUCAGUCGGAAAGUGAAAAUAUUAGGAAGAAAUAUAAAAGAAAAUCUAGAACCAAAUGAAUUAGAUAAGAAAAGAACUGAAUGCCUUAUUACACAAGACGAAAACAGAAUUUGUAGUUCACCAAUACAAUCUCUACUGGACUUAUUUCAGACUAGUGAAGAGAAGUCAGAAUUUUUGGGUUUUACAAGCUACACUGAAAACAGUGGUAUAUGUGAUGUUUUAGGUAUUUGGGAAGGGGAAAAUUCAAAUAAUCUGUUGUCAAUGUUUUUCUCUUCUUCAACUUCUACAUUUACUGGUUUUUAGAGUUAAAUGCCUUUCAGAAGCAAUGAAGAUCAUAUUCUUGAAAUUUAUAUAAAAAAUUUAUAUAAAUAUGUGUAAAAUUCUUUUUGCCAACUUUGUUUACAGAACCAAAUGUAAAUGUUAACAAUAAAGGUGAUGUUUGCAUUUUUCUACACAGUUGAACACCUAUUAUAGAAAAAUUGUAAAAUAAACUUAUGGCUCUUAUUUUGCAUACUAUGUUCAUAAUUGUUUCCUAACAAUUAUUAUGAGUAAGUUUGCUUUCUGACACUGAAAACUAAUUUCAAGAGAAAUUUUGAGAACAUCAAAGUUUAGCUUUGUAAAUCUGGAUAUGCUGGUUGUAUCUAUUGUCUAUUAAAACAGAUUCCAUGACAGCAUGAUAGUAUUGCUUUUAAAAACCUAAAUUUCAUACAAGAAGGAAAAAGUAUUUCUGUGUUUGGGUUCUGCACCAGAAACAUUGAGGGUGACCUAGUUGGACCAUGCUAGUAUAUAUUGCAGUGAUGGAUUAAGUUAUUUGUAGGGACAAAUCGGAGUCAUGAAGGAAGACUAACCAGGCUACCAUAUGGAAUAAAAUAAUUUUUCUAUUGUUCUUAAUAAUUACUUCUGGAAAUAAUUUCUUCCAAAAAUGACUCUACCCCCUGUUGGUAUCAGGAUAUGAAAGAGGAAGGGUGCCAUUGAACAAUAGAUACAAGUUUGGAAACAGGAGGAUUGCCUUUGGUCAGGUACUUGCUGAUUUAAUAAUUUAGAGAAAAUUAAAAUGUAAGAAAAAUUUCAACUCUUAACGUGUAGAUGGUGGA